AUGUGGCGAUUGUUUAUUGGAUUAACCGCAGUGUGUUGGAAAUCCUUAGAGGUGGAAAUGGGUGCAUUUUGUACUUCCUGUUGUCACAGUAAUGAAAAGGAAGAGCAGUACACUAUAUUAUAUUCCCAGUCCUGGAGAAAGGAGUGGGAGAAGCUGAACUAUGAUAUCCAUGCACUGAGGUAUUCUCAUCGGGAGGUGUGUGUGCACUGGAAGAAGAUCCUACUGCUGCUGGGUUACCAAAGGGAGGUGGACUCACUAUUAGCAGUGAAUAAACAAAGUCUAAUGACUGAUGGAGAGAAUCUGGAGAGAACCCGAGAGCUGCUGUACACAGUGUGUGAGGAGUCCGGUCUCUUCCCCAGCGGCAUAGAGCCCAACGACAGAUUCCUCUUCAUCAUGGAUCGUUUGGUCUCGUUGGACAGCACUGAGGACUUUGUCAGAUUGACCAAGGAGAAAUAUCCCAGAACCAAGCUAUGAGUGACACUGAGACUCACAUGGUUUGUGAGUGAAAGCGAAUGUGUGUACAUGUAUGUGAGGUGAGGUGAGGUUUCCGUCUGACAGAAGGUGAAAUUAAAGUAAUCUGAAAACCAUUUCAGCAGAAACAGAACCAAUCAAAACAAUUAUAUUAAAAAUAGUUGGUUUGUUAAAUGCACUUCCAAAUGUAUUGUAGCUUCUAGGAUUCAGUAAUUAUUCAGAUUCAGCACUUUAAAUCGCAGAGUGUUUCAGUCAGGAUAGUAGCAGAAUACUCUGUUGAGAAUUUUUGUACACCCAUGAACCUUUUGUUUGUGAAUGGUCCAGCAGUAUCUCAUGUACCUGCAUAGCAGUAAAUGAUACUGAAUUUGAUUUCAGUAUAUAUUUUUACUGCUAACCUAUUUAUAUCAUGAGAUAAAAUAAAAUCACUUAUCAAUGUAUAAGAUACAAUCUUAUAAAUUCUUGCUACUGUGAGUCCUAAUUAUGUUUCACUAAUUUGUACAGAUUUGUUCUCUUGAAAUUGUAAUGCUGGACAUUUAUUGUCUGUAUCAGCUGAUAUGCAGUGUUAGGAAAAUCAAAUACUAAACAUUGUUGAGGGUUUUACUAAAACUUGUCUCUCAUUUUACAUAAUUACAUGUAAAAAUAUGUUAUUAUUGUACUGAAUUUUGUAUAGAACUGAGAAGAAUGGUUUUCUGUAGUUGGUCAACUUUACCACCAGGUGUCAGUAUGAGCUAUUUUUGUACAUUAUAUUCUUAAUGUCUUUUGUUACAGUCCUGAAAAAGGUCAUUAAGUAUUAUAAGACCUUGAAUAACUCCCUCUAAUACAGAUGUGUGCUUUGUGUUUUUUCUCUCUUUAUUAGUCUCUUUCUAGAUAUGUCAGUGUGGUCGCGAUUUCAGUUGUGUGUAGUGACCUACAUAUUGUUCGCUCCAAGGCCUUCUCUAAGAAGCUAGAAACAGAUGUGCAGAUGGAAAAAAAAAAGAAAGGGAAAAAGGGGGGAAGGAGUUUAGUCACUUGCAGGCCCUGUGAGCUUGGCUCUCCUCUCGCUGUAGAAGGCAAAAGCCUGCAUCUUGUUCUCAUUAUGCUUAGAGUGGGUGAGUGUGCACUGUGAGUGUGUGUUGGGGGAAACGACUGGCUGGAUUGUCACAGCCUUCCAGAAGUUGCUGGAAAUAUAUGCCUUUGACUGAUGGAGAAUGAGCACAAGUGUGUGCGAGGCUGACGUCAUCUCUUGGAAAUGCAAGUCGUCAUCCUUCACCUCGUCUGUGCAGCACUGAGAGAAGCAGGAUUGUGCUAUUACUGCACUGAAUUUUCUUCUUGCUAAACUGGGUUAGGUGCUGCUGAGGGAAACUGAGUCCAAACUAACUGUUUAGUCCACUCACUUUCUUCAUCACCACUUUCUUUUUAAUUGUUUAAAGCUAGUUCUUUAUCUUGUGAGUUGUUUAUACUAAUGCCUGAGGCCUUAGAGCUGUUAUAGCCUGGGUUUAGCAUUGUUUUUGUCAGAGGAGAUUGAAGGAAAAGCUCUCGGCAUUCCUCCAAACUGCACAGUCACAACUCCUGUAUCAGUUGCCAUGGUCUUUUUUAUUAUUGUUAUUAUUAUGCUUAUCAGUAGACAUCUGCUGUCUAGCCUUAUAUUCGACUUUGAAUGAGGGUUUAAAUCUCAGACUAGUGUGCUGUGUCUGCUUCUGCAUAACUGUGCAGUCAGCAUAGCAUGUUCAGUGUCAGUCUUUUUAGACACCAGCUGUAAUAACAUGAGACUUACUGCAUGGAUUUAUAGUCUAACUAUUUGGCUUUUUUUAUUUUUGUAAAUUGGGAAAUCCAGCCCAAACCAAACCUCAAACAUGCUAGUGUCACAAACAGCAGCCGCAGGUCUAUUAUUCAGGUAGAUAGCACAUGAUGUGGAAACAGCAUGCUAGCAGCCACUGGGAAUUAGGAAAAUCUGAGUAAAAGCCAGUUCCACCUCAAGUUCUGUAGUGUUCUAGUAAGGGUCCUAAAAAGGGUCCUAAAGACUGCACACUGCUUUGGAUUACAAGAUACCUGUCCAGUUGCUAUAAGAGUUAUAUAAUCCUCAUGAUGGCAGGCUGUCCACUUGUUGUUUUGAGAUUUUCUUGUCGACACUCAGACAUGUGGAUGUGUGUGCAUAUGUAAUAUUGUAUGUUGCCAUCCUGAUGCAUGUUGAAUCCAAGAAAGAUUUCCCUGAGGGGAUAAUAAAGUAUAGCUUGUCUUAUCUGCAUGUGGUCUGACGUGUAUGAGGCAAAAAACAGAAAGGGAAUGAUGGUUGUAUGGCAGGGAUAUUUAUGACAAAUACUAUGUAAUACAUCAUGUCAAGCUCUCGGCAUACAUGCAUGCAUUCAAGAUGGUAUCCAGAUGAUCUCUGAAACAGAAUAACUUUCAUAUUGAAAUAAAAUUUACAAGCUGUCAUAAGAAGCACCCUCAAGCAUUAGAAAAGUUUUUGUCUAUUUCAAAAACAGUUUUUUUUAAUAUAGACUUAUUAUAUAGGCAGAUAUAGGGAUAGAUUUUAUGGAUUUGAGUAUAAAAUCCACAAAAUAUGUUGGUGAAGCAACAAGAGCACUAGUAGUUAUGGUGAACACUGGACUUUUUUUGCAUUAUUUAUUUAUUUAUUUUUCCUAUUUAGUCAGGAGGAGGUUAGUCCCUGGUAAUAAAAAAUGUCACCUUCUGUUUGAAGCAGUGUAAAUUAAAUGUUCCAUAUUCUGUAUGGUUGCACAAAUAUUUUUCCAUAAGUCUGAAGGGAAGUAGGUUGAACCCAGACAGACCCAGCAGACAUGCACUUAGACACAGUAGACCCCAGGAGGUUGUAACAACAGAUCUCGGUCUACCAUGCAGUGUGAUUCCCGAUCCCUGCCCUGGGGCCCUCACACUUUAUACACGUCCGUUACAGUUUUCUUAAUCUAAUACACCUAACACUGCUAGUAAAUGCUCUUGGUAGAGUGUAGAUCGCGUCGAUGAGAAUAAUGGACAAGGGCAUUUUCUUUGGGAGGGCUAGAGCGCUAACAUUGUUUAUAGUAAUACUGAUCUUGUUCUACCAAAUCUGUAUUGUAUAUAUUGUGAAUAAUUAUGUUGUUUUCCUGUGCCGAGAAGAGAAAAUAAACCUGUAAGCUAAGUCUAAUUGCACUUCUGACACAUUUCGAAACACGUACAUUAAAACAGAUGUAUUUGAAUUUUUGUCACUGUGAGUUAGAGUAAUUUAAUGUUAUAUUAAACCAAUAUAUCGGCGGUUAUACACUAUAAUUGUUGUUUGUUUCUUUUCAUGUUUUCUCUUCUAAUCUUUGAAAAAUGAAUCCAUAUAUUCUUGUUCAUUGUAAUCAAACCAUUGUAUAAGAAUGUUUGAGAAAGGGUGAAAGAUUUAUUCAUUACAGGUCUGACAUGAGAAGGACUGGAUGGUUGAACUAAACUGGUGUGUU